AUGAAAAACCAUUUAGAAUCGAAGCUAGAUAGACACGAGAAAGUGCUUCCAUUAAACAAGUUGAUACCCAUUGCCAUAACGCUAGCCUUUUGUUGUUUCUUGAACAUGGUUGACUCGAUCUCAGUGACAAUUGCAUCACCAUACAUAUCCAAAGACUUGAAAGCAGAGAGAACUAUUCAGUGGGCAGGAACUGCUUUAUUGAUGUCUAACGCCAUUUUCACAGUAUGGACUGGAAGAUUGUGUGAUAUCUUCGGUCGAAAGUAUGUUCUAGUUGGCAGCGGAGUAAUUUUGGCCUUCUGUGACCUAGCAGCUGGCUUCGUUAAGAAGGACUAUCAGUUCUUCAUCUUGAGAGGGUUAGCAGGAAUAGGCAAUGGAGGUUUAAACUCGAUACCAAUUAUUACAUUAAGUGAUGUGGUUGCUUUAGAGAGAAGAGGUUUGUUCCAAGGAAUAUUAGGUUCGUCCAUCAGUCUCGGCUUGGCUCUUGGGCCAUUCAUAAUGAGUGGGUUUAUUGUUCACACAGAGAAGACCUGGAGAUCUUUCUACUUUUUCAUGUGCCCUUCGAUCUUGCUUGUAUGCUUCUUGAACUUUUUAAUAUUGCCCACAGCAUCUUCACCUUUUUCAAAAAUGGAGAUUGUAAAAAAUCUUGAUAUUUUAGGAUCUUUCAUUGCUGCUUCGUCUUUAAUAUUGAUAUUGAUUCCUAUUAACGGUGGUGGAAGCAUUUACCAGUGGAAUAGUCCGAUCGUAAUUUCGAUGUUUUGUGUGGGUUUCACUCUUUUGGUGAUUUUUUUAUUGGUUGAAUGGAAAAUUGCUAGAUUACCUAUGAUUCCUCUCAAUCUAUUCCAAAGCCUAGUUCUUUCAAACUUGUUACUUCAAGCUUUUCUCUAUGGUAUCGUAUGGGCAUCAGUUCUUUACUAUAUGCCUUUCUACUUGGAAUUAAUACGAGAAUUGCCCCUCAUGACAACUUGUGGGUAUUUGGCUAUAACCAACAUUUCAACCACCCUAAUCUCAACUGUAACUGGCCAUUUGAUCCGAUACUUUGAUGGAUAUAAUUACGUUAUUUGGUGUGGCUUCUUCCUUUGGACGCUAGUGAACGGGUUAAUGUUUACCCUUCAAAUUGAAAGUUCUAUGGCCAAGCUUGGAGUAUAUUUACUGAUCCUAGGAAUUGCAAUUGGCUGCACUUUUCAACCAACAAUUUUGGCUGUCCAAGCCAACUCCUCUAAGGAAAAUAGAGCAAUAGCAUUAAGCGUAAGAAAUGUUUUAAGAGCAUUAGGCAAUUCAGUGGGUGUUGCAAUGAGUUCCUUAAUCUACACUAGCACGCUAAUAAAUGGCGUUGAUCUGCACGAUUCCUUACCAAAACACAUCAAGUUGGAAAUACUCAACAAUGCUUAUGCAAGACCUAAUUUGAGCUUGUUCAGUGAAAAUGAAAAGCUUAUCUUAAAAGUUUUGCUAAUGAAAUCAAUGAAAAACAUUUUUGCUAUGUGGAUUCCCUUGACCGGCUUAUGUCUUCUCCUUUCAUUUUUCGUUAAAGAUCAGAAAUUCACUAUCAGUGGCGAACUAGAUAAAGCAGUUGAGAUUGAAGUAAUAAUUCCUGAGUCUCAAGAAAAGUGA